AUGCUGGUCGAUGAACCAGAGGAAGAUGAAACAGAAGCUGAUGCUGAAAGAGAUCAAGGUCGUUUAUCUCCUGAAUCUGAAAAGUUAUUGAAGUCUCUUAAUGAAAAUUUUGAAGCUGAGAAAGCGGCUGGUGAGAAAGUGGGUGACGAUGAAGAGAAAAGUUCAUCCGGUUCUAAAGAAAGUGAUGUUGAUGCUGAAACUGAUCAAUGGAUCAAAUCAAACUAUGAUCCAAGAGAUAGAUUGAUAAAAAGGAAAAGAAAGAGGAGUGCAGACGAUGAUAAAGAUGAAACGUAUGUUCCAUCACCAGAACAUGUUCAAGAUGUACAAACACCACCUUCUGCAGGUAGAAGGAAGUCAACGUCGAGGAAACAUGUUCAAUCUCCAGCAGCACGAAAGUUGAAAAUCAAGCUCAAAACAAAACCAACAUCAGAACCACAAAACAAACAACCGUCUCCACCACAUCAGUCACCAACAUCUGAACCUCAACCAAAAUCACCACCAAAACAACCAUCACCACCACAACAACGACAACCAUCACCUGAUAUUUUACAAUCUAUCCAAUUUUCACCACAACUUCAUAUUUCUCCACCUAUUCAUCAACAACCACCAAUAACUUCACCACAUAUCUUACAAACACCACCAACCACACAACCACAAGUUCAAACUACGCCUGGAUCUUCUGGUUUCAAUGAUUUUCCACCUAUUCCGGAGGAUAUAUCUCUUGAAAAAAUUGGAGAUUUUAACUUUGUAACUGAUCAUGUUGUGAAGAAGUUACAAAAGAAGAUGGAUGAUGUGCUAACUGAGAAAAAGAAGCUAGAAAAGCAUGUCAAGACUGUUGAAGCUGAAAACUCAUCUCUAUUGAAAAGAGUUGAAGCUGAUCAAGCUGAUAUUGACAUACUUAAAGUUAGAAUAGUGGAGUUAGAAGAAGAUAAGGCCCGGAGAGACGAACAGAAUGAGUAUUUCAAGCUGAAAAAUAAAGAAUUAGAAGCCAACAACACAAAGAAAGUGUAG